AUGAAGAAGCACAAAACUUCAUUUCUUUCUCCACAAUCGAUACAAUCAAUUCUUCCAACCAAAUAUUUCUCUGUCAAGCUUUCUUUUGAUUCCUUCUCUCUCUUGCCCAAGCGAUCUCUUCACCUUCUUCUAUAUCUCUCUUUUCAUCUCAUGCUCUAUUUCUUUGUCCUUCUUUAUCUCUCUCUCAUUUUUUUUUUGAGUCUCUCACUCACUUCCUCUUUGUACAUUUCUUCUUUUGGGUGCAUGCAUCUCUCCAUUUCUCUCACUGUUUAUUUCACUCUCUUCUUUUGCAUGUUUCUCUCUCUUUUCUUGACCCUCUCACUGUAUGUAUUUGUUCUUCUUUAUCUUUCUCAUAUUUUGCUUUCUAUUUAUUCUCCUCUGUUGUUUCACUUCUUUUUCAUUGAAUUUUCUUUCUUUCUUUUACUCCUAUCUGCUUGUCCCUUCCAUUUUAUUCAAGAAUCAAGGGAAAAUGAUCUUAUUUUUCAAACUUUUUGUUUCUUUCUCUCUCUUAAUUAUAUUCCAUCUUUUACUCCUCCUCUUUCUGUCCUGAUUACUUCUACCCACUUUUCUUGCAUACCCUUUAUCAAAUUUUUCCUCUCUAUUAAUUAUAUCUUCUUUCACUUCACUUUUUUCUGUUUCUUAUCCCCAUUUUUCUUGCAUUCUCUCUCUCUCCUCAUAUCCCACUUAUUUCUUCAUAAUCAUUUUCGUUUUAUUCUUUAUCUAAUCCAUUCUUUAUUUUCUCCUAGAAUCUAUUUCUAUAAAAUCUUGGUCUCUUUCAACUCCUUUUUACUUGUGUUUGUCUUUGCUCUUCCCAGUAAUUAUUUUUCCUUUGUGCAGGCUUCGCCCACCAGGUGGCAUGAGUAUAGCUUCUUUAUUGUACAAGUCAAAGAAACUCAGCAGGAAUUGUUCCAUUGUAUCUAG